GCCCUCAAAACAUCCAAUUACUUUUCUGUCUUUGCAGUGACUGCUGGUUGGUGAUGGAGCAAACUGAGCUAGUCUUCAUCCCAUCUCCUGGAAUCGGUCAUCUUGCGGCUACAGUGGAGAUUGCAAAGCUGCUGACUCAGCGAGACCGCCGAGUCUCUGUCACAGUCUUCAUCAUGAAGUUUCCGUUUGAGUCCAAUGGUGGUAUGACCUCCGACUCUGAUUCCAUCCGUUGCGUCACACUUCCUUCUGUGGAGAUUAGCUCCGGACCGAUGUCGCCUGGUGUCUUCCUCACUGAGUUCGUCAAAGCUCACAUACCACUCGUCAGAGACGCCGUUCACGAGCUCACUCGUUCCAACUCGGUUCGGCUCGCUGGGUUCGUUAUUGAUAUGUUCUGCACUCCCAUGAUUGAUGUGGCGGAUGAGUUUGGGGUGCCUUCAUAUCUUUUCUUCACUUCCAGCGCCGCUUUUCUUGGCUUCAUGUUCCAUUUUCAGUUCCUUCAUGACUAUAAGGGUUUGGAUUUCAAUGAGUUCAAGGACUCCGAUGCUGUGUUGGAGGUUCCGAGUUAUGUUAACUCGGUUCCAGGUAAGGUCUUCCCUUCUGUGAUGUUUGACAAGGAAGGCGGUGGGACCGAGAUGCUCCUGCAUCACACGAGGAGAUUCAAACAAGUCAAGGGUAUUAUGGUAAAUACAUUUGUUGAGCUUGAGUCACAUGCUAUUCAAUCGUUUUCUGGGUGUAAAGCACGGCCGGUGUACCCCGUUGGACCCCUGCUCAAUAUCCAUGUGGGAUCUGGUGGGGCUCAACAAGAUGCUAAUGCCAUCAUGAGCUGGCUGGAUGAUCAGCCUCCAUCAUCAGUGGUAUUCCUGUGCUUCGGGAGCAUGGGAAGCUUUGGUGUGGAUCAAAUCAAAGAGAGAGCACAUGGGCUAGAGCAUAGUGGGCAGCGGUUCUUGUGGUCCCUUCGCCAACCUUCCCCAAAGGGUAGAAUGGGAUUUCCAAGCGAUUAUGCAAAUGUUAAAGAAGUUCUACCUGAAGGGUUUUUACAUCGGAUGGCUGGAACUGGAAAGGUGAUUGGAUGGGCUCCACAAGUAGCGGUUUUAGCCCACCCUGCAAUUGGAGGAUUUGUAUCUCAUUGUGGAUGGAAUUCUAUCCUAGAAAGCAUAUGGUAUGGUGUUCCAAUAGCCACAUGGCCAAUGUAUGCAGAACAACAAAUCAACGCAUUUCAAAUGGUGAAAGAUUUAGGGUUAGUAGUAGAAAUUAAAAUAGAUUAUAAUAAGGAUAGUAGUUACAUUGUAAGCGCACGUGAAAUUGAAAAUGGACUAAAGAACCUUAUGAAUAUGAAUAAUGAGGCGAGGGUAAAGAUGAAGGAAAUGCAAAAAAUAAGUAGAACAGUCAUGAUCGAUGGUGGAUCUUCACACUUUUUCUUGGGACAAUUUAUUGAAGAUAUGAUCGCUAACAUUCCAUGCAAGCAACAGAGUGAGACCUAACGAUUGAGUAGUGUGAAAGGAAGAGGUGCAUUGUACGCUUCAAUUAUGUUAUCAUAUGUUCUGUUUCAAUACUCAAAUAAAUUAGUUGAAGAAACUAAGGAAUUUGAUCUUUCAAAAUUGAAUUUU